AUGGAAGAUCACACAUUUUUGAGCUCCGUCAAACAAUGUGAGGGUUGCACAAUCCUGUCUGAAGAAGUUAAAGAACUCCGGAAGACGGUUUACUCUGUAUUAAGAAGGCUAGAUGAUUUAUCCGCAAAAAGUAAGCAAAAUGAAGCAGCACUGGAGCAAAAGUUUGAUGACACCUAUGAUGUAAUUAAAGACGGUGUUCUUAACAAUGGCCACAGUAUUAAAGCUAUCAAGGACAAAAUAAAAAACUCAGAGGACAGGCUGCUACAGAAAUUUAAUUCAAUCCAUAAUUCAAAACAAAAAGACGCUGAGGAAAGUAAUCAUGCAUUAAAUCACGAAAAUACGGUUGAACGCAACAACAAAGGGCAGUGGACUAAAUUUCAAAAUCAUAAGAAACCAAAAGAAGUUAAAACUCUUAUCAUUGGCGACUCAAUUAUGAAAGACAUUGAUCCGAAAUUGAUGUCGGCUGAUGGUAGUAUUAUUAAGAAAAGUCAUCCUGGGGGAAAACUUGAAGAUAUGUCAUCUUUGCUUAAUAACUGUGAAUUAAAAUGCAAAAAAUCUGUUAUUAUUCACAUGGGCACUAAUAACAUUACGUCAAAUGAUUCACCAACAGACAUGGCAUUGAAGCUCACGACUGAAAUAGAGAAGGUCCAAUCAUUGACGCAAGCGCCUCGUGUGAUCGUCUCUGGUAUAAUACAUCGGAAAGAUGUCAAAGCAAACCUGAAAAUUACCGAGGCUAAUAAACAGCUCAAGCAAAUUUGCUAUGAAAAGAAAUGGAAAUUUAUUGAUAAUGAGCGCAUCGAUGAUUCUCGUCUUAACUCAAGCAAGUUACAUCUAAACAAGAAGGGAAGUGCAUACUUAGCAUCAAAUUUUCUGAAGAAAAUAAACCCAAAUACAAGAAGGAGCAGUGAUAGGAGUUCAUCAAAGGCAAAGAGUGGAAAUUUUCAGCAACAGAAUUCAUUGCUGACAGCCCUGGUACAGAACUUCCUUCAAAAUCAAGACCACAGGUGA